GUUCAGGAUCUCCUAAUGGCAUAUGCCUUAAUAAAACCGGAGCUGAGAACGAUAUUUACACACAACAAAGCAAUUGUUUGGCAGAAGGCCAGGGUGUCAGAUCACAAAAUGGCCCUCAUGUCUGUGCUUGGAACUGCCUUGAUGAGCAGCAUGCUACCUUUCCAACACCAUCAGGUGCAUCCAGAGGUUUUGCCUUCCUACCCUGCAGGACCAAAGCAACUCUCCUCACUUUGCUUUACCAGGCAGGAAAUAGUGGAGCUGCUCUGGAAACCUCAGCUGCGGCUCCAUGCUCCGGAGCACCCCACUGACCCAGCUCCAGCUCUGGGUCAAUGCUCCAGAGCGACCCAGAUCCGCGGAGAAGAACCCAGGAGUUGCGAUGGACACAAAGGCUGUCAACCUGCAGAUUCAGAUUCAAGUCCGAACAAUAGACCAUGCAAAAAGCUGUCCAAUGCAGUGACUGAGAAAAAGGCAAAGGUUACAGCCUACGACUUGAUGAGCAACCUAACUCUGAGGCAGCUAAUGUCCGCCAGUGCAAUAUUCGGGCAAGAAAUGCGACCAAGGAUCCUAGAAGAGAAUCCAAAGGCCAGUCUGCAGGAGAUUACCAGCAGUGUUGAAGAUCAGUGGAAAAAUCUGAGCGAAGAGGAGAAAAAGAAACAUGAGGACAAGGCUGAAAAGGACAGGGACUGAUAUAAAUUACAGACCAAGAAAGCAUCAGAGCAAAACAGUGACAGACUUUCAAAAGGGGUAGAAAAGCGUCCUAAACUGGCACGUAGUAAGCUUGAAAUCCAAAAGCGCAAGGCUUCUCUUUCAAACCAGCAAAUAAUCGACAGGCUUUAUCAAAGCCAGAAAGAAAAGAAAUCCAACUUGGAGAUAGUUGUGCUUGGAGGACUGCAGUAUACAGAUGCGCUGUACAACAUGGAAAAGGAAGACCCAGCGUUGAACGGAGUGACCUUCUCAGACCCAAGGCUUGUGUCAAACGUAUGUAAAGUCAGACCAGGUGCCUCAGCCGCUGAAAGACAUUUGGAAGUUGCAGGGAUGUCUGACUGUGUGCCUUACUACAGUACAUCAGAUUUAAAGUUAAUUUUAAAUGCCGUUUUGAACAGAAAAGCAAAAAGCGUGCAACAGGGCAGACCGCUUAAAGUAAAAAAUUACCUUCAGGGAGAAGCUGUCUGCCUAGCACACCAAUUACCACUGACCUUCUCAAAAGAAGAUAUUGAAGAUACAAUCUCCAGAAUGAAAGAACAGCUUGGAAAUGACAGCCAGAGCUGUACACAUGGGCGCCCAUUUUUCCAUUUGUUGGCAGAUAUUAUCAUAUUUUCAGUGUUAUGGAAUCUCUUUUGACAAAAUCUAACGGCACCCUUCACUUUGACCUGUGGUAUGGCGGCCCUACUGUGGUUACGUGACUUUGUUUUCAAGACCUAACACUAAGAUACUGGCUUCAUACUGAAUACACAACUGUGCUCUGUGAUUCCCCAUGUAAAGCACAAGACAAAAGCUUUCACCACCAGUGUCAAAGCCUCAUGACUAAGGGACCAUUUGAGGUAGUGACUUAAGAUUUACAGGGUGACCUUGACAUUGACCCACUGACCUAAUAUGGCUUCCAUAUUGAGGUCAUGUGAUUGAGUUUAUAGCUGAGUUAAAAAUUGUAUGCUUUGUAUUAUUGUAUUAAUGGUUGGUACACAGCAAUUUUCCUAGUUACCCCAUUUGGUUAACUUAUCAAAUAUUACAGUAAGUUACGUAAAUAGGCUGGGUAGAUAUAAAUGGCUAAACCAGAAUGAAAACAUUUCCAUAUUAUACUUUACAAAUAGUAUUGUUAACUCUUGAUUUUAAAACUGACCAUAUAUAUUUGAGGAUAAUAAUACGGUAUAUUCAAUGAUUUUUAAUUCUUAAUAAUACAAAUUAAAAAGAUCUGAGAUCAGUAGUAAACAUAGGAGUAUUGGAAUUUGUUGGUAGCAUCUCUGGCUAUUCAGAUUUUUCCUGAACUAGAAUCCUACCAUAUUAGAAUCUGACUGCAGUUCCCAAAUUGUAUUACCGUUGAUUCAUCAGAACAUACCCCUGCUGUGAAAACUGGGAGAAUGAGAUAAUGUCAUAAAUUGAAUGAAAAUGAUUAGUAUGUAGACAGCGCACCGCGUCAGUCAAAUUAUUGUCAAUAUUAAAGCCUAAUAUAUUUUGUUU